AUGCUCUAUAAACCUUCUGAGGCUCCUGUCUUUGACUUGUUUUCACUCAAGGGCGAUGUCUCUCUUGUUACUGGAGGGGCUCGUGGAAUCGGUCUAGGUGCUGCCAUAGGCUUGGCUGAGGCAGGAUCUGACGUUGCUAUAACCUAUAAUUCGUCCAAAGCAGAUGAGGUGAAGGCCGUUGAAGAAAUUUUCCGGGAAUUGGGAGUACGCUUCAAAGCAUACAAAUGCAAUGUGGUGAACAAGGAAGAUAUCGAGUCCUGCGUUCAACAGGUUCUCAGGGACUUUGGGAGAUUAGACGUGGUGGUACCAAAUGCUGGUGUGGCCAUCCAACAAGAGGCUGAAAAGUUUACGUUGGAGAAUUAUCGCAAGACUAUGAAUGUUAACUUAGAUGGAGCCUUCUUCACUGCACAGGCGGCGGCCAAUGCGUUCAGAAAACAGAGAGGUAAAUCGGACUCUUUCAAGCAAGGAAGAAUAGUUUUUACGGCUUCAAUCUCGUCUAUCGUGGUAAACUAUCCUCAGCCACAAGCACCAUACAAUGCUUCAAAAGCAGCUGUAGUGCGUUUGGCCAAGUGCUUGGCUGUGGAAUGGGUUGACUUUGCUAGAGUGAAUUGCGUGUCUCCUGGCUAUAUUGCAACUGAAAUGACAGGCACACAACCAGAAGAAAGGAAAAAGGUCUGGUUCAGCCAGAUACCAGCGAAGAGAAUGUGCUCUCCGUAUGAGCUUAAAGGUGUGUAUGUCUUCUUAGCUAGUCAGGCAUCAUCUUAUGUAACUGGCGAGGAGGUUAUUGUUGGUGGAGGCUACGCCCUUCUUUAA